GCCCUGUUUACAUUUUCACAGCUGAAGCAGAAAGUUGAAAGGGACGGCGGUCGUGCCGGGGUUCGGUGCCGCGAUGCACAGUCAUUGCUUGACACUAGGCCUCCCCACCCGCAGUCGCAGCACCUCUCUGGCCUUGUCUGCGAGCACGCCCCGGAAGAAUCGGCCAAACAUUGACUCACAAUGAUAAGCGGUCGCCGCGUUUUGGCUGCUUUCGCGCUGUGCUCCUCUGCCCUGCUCACCAUGAGUGCUGCCGAGAGCUCUUCUUUCGUCAAGAUUGCCGACUUCACCAGCCCUCUGGCCAGGGUGGACGACUGGGUGGAGCAGUCGGACACGGUGCGCAAGGUGGGCAUGUCCAAGGCGGCCCUGGUGCUGCAGCAGACCCAGGAGUUCCAGCGGGCCGUCUUCUUCACGCUGCUCAACCCGCAGCCCAACGGCGCGGGCUUCGCCGGCGUGCGCACCUUCACGCAACUCAACCUGACCAACCGCAGCGCCAUCGUCCUGUACUGCCGCGCGCAGGGCAAGAACUUCCAGUACAAGGUGGUGCUGCGGCACCGCGGCCUCGACGACGAGCCCAACCCCACCUACGAGCAGACCUUCCAGGUGCAGCCGGACAAGUUCGUGCUGGUGUCGCUGCCCCUGAAGGACUUCCUGCCCUACUACCGCGGCCAGCAGGUCAAGGACAUCCCGCUGGACGUCACCAACAUCACCAGCGUGGGGCUGCAGGUGGCCGGCGGCGUGUACCUGCCCACCAAGCAGUCCGGCGCCUCCAGCCUGGAGAUCGACUACAUCAGGGCGGAAUGAUAGUGUAGACCAUUUGACUUUGUUGACAACGAUUAAAGCUUCUGUAAACUGUUUUUAA